AUGGCAUCACUUGGUCAAGUCGAGGCAGAAAUGCUUAAAAUUCCUGCAUGUUCACCUGAUAUAAAUCUGAUUGAGAAUAUAUUCCAUCUUGUUAAAUCUCAGUUGAAUAAACAGGCAGUAACAGAGAAUAUCACCAGUGAAUCUUACGAACAGUUUCAAACUCCAGUUCUUCAAGUAUUGAGAACAUUCCCUAUCGACAUUAUUGAUAAAACAAUUGAUAGUAUGAGCAAUAAAAUGAUUUCGUCAAAGGGAUAUAGAACAAAAUACUGA